AUGUUGAAAAAUGAAGCUCAAACAGAGGCACUUUUGCUGAAGGUUAGUAAUUUGUUAUUUCCUGGUGCAGAGGUUUACUGGAAGUUACCAGCUUUUUUUUCUUCUCAUUUUCUUACCUUUUCAGAUCAUGGAGUACUACUUUGAAGAACGUUUACACAUCUUACAGUGCACUAAGUUUUUGUUGAGCUACUGGCAAGACCCUAGACAUCAAUGGCGAGUAAGUUGAAUUUCAAUUAAUUUUUACCAUUUCAGAUCUAUAGUGAUUCUUAAUACUGUUUGCCGUACAAUUCUUAUGAUGUUUGUUUGGAUAAUUACCAAGACAAAAUUUAUCCUUACGAUAUCAAUACAAUAUUAAGCAAACAAGUGAUGAGAAUAAAGAAAAAUAUCAGUUAGAGGGUCAUUAGUUGAUCCAAUACCAAAUUCUCAAAACUAACAUCACAAGAACUGUAUGGCAGACAGUAAGGAGAAUUACUAAUGAGAUCUUGGGAGUUAAAGGGUUAAUUGAUGUUUUUCUUUAUUCUCAUCACUUAUCUGCUUGAUUACUCUAAUGAUAUAAUAAGGAGUAAUUAUGUCUUGGCCACUUUCAGGAUUUAAACUGUUAUUAAGUACAUUUAGCUUAUCCCUGCAUAAAUAAGCUUAUCACAUGAAUAUGUUUUUAUACAUUUAACGCUUAGACUUGUAAAUAAACAUGUCAGUUUGAUGAUUUGCAUUUUUUUUUUCAUGUAACCAGGAAGAAUUUGCAGAGUGCAUUGAAGCUAUGCAGGAAAAUGAUGUUUUGAUUAUGAAGGUACAGUAUAUGCAAUGUAAAAUGUGCAUGUAUGAGAAUUUGAUUUAAGUUGAUCUCAAAUGCACUUUACUGUCACUCUAAUUAUAAAGAUAAACUGAAAAAAGAUAGUAUUCAUUGGGAGUUGCUAAUUGAGAAAAGUGUCAGAUACUGAAAUUUUUUUAUAUCCAAUAUGAUUAUUCAGUACUAAAGCAAAGUUGAGUGGGAGAGAUGGGUUUGGAAAAACAGGCUUAAGAAAAAAAAGUUCUUUAGAAACAGAAUCCACCAUAUGCAGUGCCAUGUAGUUAUAGAAAGAACCCAACUUAGUGUAACCUGUGAUUAAAAUUUACAAAACAUUUAUAAGCAAAUCCAAAGUAAAUUAAUUGUGGUUCAGGAUAGUGCAAUGUCCAGCUAGUGAGGGUUGUUGGGAGUCACAUGUACAUGGACUUGUUUUACAUUGUUUAUAACUGUACUUUUGAGGGAAUCUUGAAAUAAUAUGUCAACAUUAUUUGUUGACAUAUUGUUUCAUAUUAUUUGUUGACAUACAGUGUUUCACUUGUUAUGUGGAACUGCUUCUGUACAAAGCUAUGGAUACAUUACCAGAAGGUGGAAUAAUACAUUCUGUCUUGGAAAAGGGAGUAUACCAGCAUCAAAUUUGUCUGUAUACAAGUGCGCAGUAUUUUUGUGUUCGUUGUAGAUUUUGGAACAGUACAAGACUUGUUGUUCUACCACAGUUCCUCUUCAUGCUACUGCAGGAUCAUCACUUGUAAGUUUUUUUAUUGUCUAGGUUCAGCUGUAUUUCAUUGACAUACUGUUGAGAUAAAUUAAUUUAAAGAUUAAUGAAGAGAAUUCUUUUUUUUCAUAUCUGUUCAUAGCAUCUGAAGACAAAAUGUCAGCGAUGGGCCUUACAGUUUUUAAGAGAACAGGUAAAAAUCUAGGCCUCAAUUAUCCACAUGGUUUUAAAGGAAUUGUCUUUGGUGUAAACUAAAAUCAAUGGUGUUCAUCUUUUUUAGGCAUUGUCAUUUUGUAGCUGAGUUAGAUGUAUGAUCUAGAUCUUAAGUGCAAGCCCUACAUAGUACCUUACCCAUUUACUAGAGUGAAAAAUGGCAGUCAAAUUUAAAAAGGGAAGAUAAUGUUUUUGAACAAGUUUGGUCCUUGGUUUCAAGUAUUUACUCCUUCUCUAAGCUGACUAUCCGUAUGUAAAGUUUUACACCCUUAUGCAUGAUAAAAAUAAAGGGGGUGAGUUUCUUUAAAGAGACCAUGAUGCGCAUUGGUGAGAGAGUAUAACAGGGUAAUUUAGUAUUAUCAACUAACUUGAUAAUGUAAAUUGGCCACCGUAAAGGGUUUCAAGCUAACAUUUUGAGUGUUAGUCCUUUAUCAAACCGAGUGAUGAAGGUUUAACACCUGAAAUGUCAACUCUCUAUGGUGGCCAAUUUACAUUAUCAACUAUGCAUAAUAGUUGACUUCGGUUUUCUCUUGUCAAUUUUAUUGAAAUUUUGACCAUUCUUUUAUUUGACAACUUUUUUUUCAGAGCUUUCUCCCUACUUCCAUUGGCUAAUUUGCCUCUAAUUUGUAUACACACUUCAGUGGUUUAAAGAUUGAAUUUUUUAUACCUUCAGAUACUGCUUCUGGAAAUCAUGUUCCUCUAUUAUAAGGAAUUUGUUGUUCCAGCCAAGUCCCUGCUAGACUUAGCAAAACUAUUUCAGGUGAAAUUGAUAUAAAUGUAUCAUUCAACAGGUACUUAUUUUGCUUAUAACAUACCAGGGAGAAUUCCUGUUGGUCUCAAAGCUCUUUCCACAGAGGAUAGUUUGAUAAAAGAGCUUAAUGUUAUGAGAUAAUACGAUUUACUCCAUUUUCUGUCCACUGAUUUUGUUAUGAAGGUUUUUAAUUUUAAAACAGAAAAGUGUUGUCUUGUCAGUGGUAAUAGCAGAAAGUAUAAUUAUGAAAAGUGACCUGUUACACCCUGUUAAAUAACUUUCUUUAAGUAUUCUUUUGUUUGUGUGACUUGUACCUGACAGAGCCAGAGUUUUGAAACAAAACACGAAGAUCUAGGUGUUGUAGCUAACAUAUAUUUGGAAAGUUAGAAUUGAAAUAUUUUGAAUCUCUUUUUUUUUGUGUUCAUGAUUUGUACCUGACAGAGUCAGAGUUUUAAAACUUUUAUUGCACAAAGUGUUUUAGCUGAGAUGUAUAUAGAAAGUGAGAACUGAAAUCUUUGAAUUUAGUUUUUUUGUGUUCAUGAUUUGUACAUGACAGAGCCAGAGUUUUGGAUUGAAGCAAGUCAAUAGACAGCUUUUUGAAGGACAGGCUGAGGUCUUACUUCCUCAUAUCAGGUGAGUAAAUUUGUAAGGUCUCACAGAUUAUUACUUGAUAACUUUUGGUCACAAACUUCUUACAAUAAUUUAUUAAUAAAUUUUACACUUCUACUAAGUGUAAAGAAAGGGCUUGUUUAUAUUUUCAUUUUCAUUCGUAAGAAGAAAAGUGUCAGUGACUGAAUGUAUAUGUGAACUGUGGAUUAAGAAAAUAAUAUGAAGAUGAUCUUUGCAGUGAUGAACAUGACAGUAUUGAAAAUGGGGCCUGAAAAAAAAUCAGGCCUGUACAGGAUUUGAACCCAGACCUCUGCAAUACUAAUGCAGUGCUCUACCAACCAAGCCAACAAACCAACUAGAGAAGAAAAGAAGAUAAUAUCUUGACUAUCAGAUUAUAGCAUUUCUGUGGCACUGGGUCCACCAAAUAAAAAUUCAAAUUCAAAUGCUUUUCUGAAUAUCUGAUAACCUCCAAUUCUAUUGUAAUGUACAUAAUUUGUUUCCAGUUACCUGCAGGUGUUGGUUCUCAUAGUUUCACUUGACUUAGAGAGUUUAAGGAAAUUAAUAGAAGAGGACAGGUGUGUAAUACAAAUAAUUUUGACUGAGUUAGUAAAGACAUACAUGUACACUGUCUCCAUUGUGCUCAGCAAGCUAAUCCAAUAAACUUUAGGUCUAUCAAGUUUUGCAUAUACAACUUUUAGGCAAACUUACUAUUAAUAAUAGUUUAAUUUUGCAUUGCCCCUCAGAUAAAAUCUGUUUGCACUGAUUCACUAUCAUUAAAAAAUUAAAGCAAGCUUAAUAUUUAAUCAAGGUUCGGGGAAGGGCACUUUGAACAACUAGCUGUAGAUUUUCCAAGUUUGAGAUGUUGGUUAACCCUUUACAACCUAACAUCAGUAUGCAUAUUCUCCUUAAGGAAAAUUUCUUUAACAAUCAAGAACUUCCAUAGUUUAUGAUCAUUUCCUUUACUCUCAUGACCUUAAUGUUUGAUUCAGGGAUAAUACUUUAAGGAGAAAUUAGAUGCUAGUCGCUCCCAGGGGUCAAAUGGUUAACCUUGCAACCUGUAGGCUAUGUAGAGUGGGUGAUAGUGGACAGGUCAGUCUGUUUAAAACACUGAACUUGGGUUUACUUUAUUUCAAUUUCUGUUUCACUCUGUUAUUGACAGCUGUUCACGGCAUCAUUUACUCCAGGAGAAAGCCUCACUUGAGGUAUGUUUCUGUUCAAUAAUCUGUUUGAUCCUUUAAAAGACAACACAAUGAUUGAAUAAUUAUGGAUACCACUUUUCAUCUCUCAGGCUCUAGAUAAGUUUUUUCUUAGCUGCGGAGAUCAGCCUCACCAUGGACCUGUCAUGUUGGCCUGGGCAGCGUUCAGAUAUGUUACUAUAGAUGCCAGUCAAGAACAGGUAUCUUGAAAAGACUUUCAUUGAAUGAUAUGAUUAAGAAAAAAAAUUGGCUGUAGGCAUAAGUUGCCAUUUGUUCCUCAAAGCCACAGCGGUUCCUCACGAGGGGGGAAAACGAAACAUUUCUCUUACCUUUAUCGGAUCAUUGUAAUAGUACUAUGAUAUACUUUUUUAUUUUCUCCAGUUUGUAAGAAGAAUUGGUGGUAAAGCAUUGCAAUGUUCUGUGUUCAAAUAUUUACUUGGAAUGUUAAGAAGUGAGGAAUUCUCUACAAAUGAUGUAAGUAUCAUUUGUAAGAGGUUUGAACUUGACAAAAAUUCUUGAUAUCAAUUGCUGCCUCACCUAAUCAAAGAGGAAGGUGUCUGGAAUACAUGUUUAUCAUCUGUGCCCAACUAACUCCCAGAAAGAGUAACAUCUCCAUGUUUGACACAUACUUGUAACCCUAUCUCCAACCCCUAUUCUAGGCACCCAUCAACACAGGUUAGAUCAGUGGAAGAAGAAAUGAGGGAGGGGAGGGGAGAGAAUGCUUGAGAAAAAAUGUUACAGAAGGACUCAGGACUGACAAGGAAUGACUGUUGCCAAACUGCAAGAAAACUGAAAGAUGCAAACUGUGACUAAUUUACAAUGUUGAGUCUGUGACCUGUUAGGCUCACAGCAAUUAAAUUUCUUAAUAAUGUUAUUGUUGACAUUUUUUUCUUAAAUUUAUAUCAUUAUAUCAUGAUAUCAUUAUUGGAUAUUGAUACUUAAGAAAUUUUAAUUAUAAUCAAGACUUUGUGGUGAGGUCUUCAUGUUUUUAUUGUUUCUUUGAAAAUGAAGGUGAAAGAUUUUUUCAAGGGAAACUACUUUAAUUUGUAGGUUGUGUCUAACACUUGCAAGAGCCUUAUAUAUGGACUGAUGGUGAUAGUGCUGGCUCUGUUUGAUGAGGAUACACUGGGAGAACUACCAGUAAGUACAGCAACAUACACAACCCUGAGUUCAAUUCUGUGUAUAUUCUUGACUUGACGUUUAACCCUUUAACUCCCAAGAUCUAAUUUUAUUUCUCCCAUUUAGCUGUUACACAUUUCCAUGUAAAUUAGUUACAAGAAUUUGACACUUUUCUGUGAGCCCUUUAACUCCCGCGAGUGACCAAGACAGAAUUUCUCCUUACAAUAUCAAUACAAUAUCAAGCAGACUAGUGAUGAGAAUAAAGAAAAAUAUCAAUUAGGGGAUUGUAAGUUGAUCCAAUCCCAAAUUCUCCAGACUAACAUUACAAGAACUGUAUGGCAGACAGUAAGGAGAAUUACUAGUGAGAUCUUGGGAGGUAAAGGGUUAAGUCAUCUUUUGUUUAUAGUUUUCAUAUUGUUAGAUCAACUCACACUGAAUCACCAUAAUUCAUUUUAGCUGUUGGUCUCUGUUUUGUCACAAACUCUUACUGAGAAAGGUCUUUGUGUGGAUUUCUGGGAUUCGGUAUGUAUUUGUAUUUUGAAAGUGUCACCUUCUCAAUUUGUCUUUGCCUGCCUCUAAUGACAUUAGCAAUUGAUACUUAAUUGAUAACAUUGGCUGCAGUCACUGUUUGCCUACAUUCAAGCAUCUGAUGCACAAAGAUUGUACAGAACAUGUACAUAAAGCUGAUUCUUUGUUGGUCAUUUUUAUGCAAUAAUAUUUUCAGGACUUGAAUACAGGUGCUGGUCUCCUUUUGAAUUCAGCCAGAAGUUGGUAAGUUUCUUUCAGAGUUUCCAGUUAAUGGAUUGGAUCAAUAUCACUACCUGAGCAAGUAUGUACCUACCCCUCCCCUAUCCUAGCAUUAACCCUGACUUGUCAUCAUUUGACUGUUGUUGGGUUAGGGGAGGGGAAGGGGCUUCAGUUGCUCAGACCAUAAGAAACUUCUUAUAACUUUUCUUUCCAAAAGUGCUCUCAGUAAAGGUAGAGAGGUGUUGCUAAUUAUUAUUAAUUUUAUAGAUGUUCUAGCAAAACUUAUUAAGCUUUGAAUAAAACAUUUUAAGUAUGUGUGGUGAUUGAAAAUUAAACCUCACUAGAUUUUUAUAGCAGAAAUGUUGAUUAAUAGGUGACUGCAACUUCCCUCAAAUGUGAUGGAUUUUAUUUUAACAAAACUAUAAUGAUGGUCUCCUCAACAUGACCUCUCAGUUUAAAGGGAAAGACAUACUGUCUUAGCAGAGAAAAUCUCUGUCAUAUACAAAAUCAUUCAAAUAUUUCUGGUGAUCAAAAUUAUUCAUAUGUAGAUCAUGUUGAUCUCUGUAUUUAAGGUUUCCACUCCAGUUUUGUCCAUUUGUGCAACUUCUGAAAUCCUUAGCUGGUGACAAGGAUUCUGCAGCUAAGGUUCGUUACUUUUUCGUGAAAGCAUUGUAACAAAUACUGUAAGAUAUGCAUUAGGUCAUAUUUAGAUAAUGGGUGAUAAGUGAUGAACUAACCCCCUCCCCCCUCUCCUGGAAAGGGAAAGGCUGUUCACUUACUGUUAAGACAAUAAGUGAGACAAUUCCUAACUCCUUAGAAAAAUACUCUUGCUAGGUGUGCUUGUCAGAGCUAAGGCAGGUCAAGCUCUGGAAAUGUUGAGUUUUGUGGCUUUUAACAAAAGUGUGACAUUUUCAGCAACUUUGCUAACUUAUUGCAAAUUUGAUUUGAGUGAAAAGAUACAAAAUGUAAACUUGGAUUGAUGUUCACUUGUUCUAAUCUGUUUGUAUUCAAAGGUUUAUGACUAUUUGGACAGAGUGACAUCAUACACUGAGUUGCUGAGAGAAAACCAGCUGAGUGACAUAGACUGUUCUGGUGUUAAUAAGAUCUGGAGGAUUGUUAAUCCAAGACUCCUCUAUCAGAAUUGUAAGAACUGUUUAGAUGAUUGCUGAUGAGGUGAAUCAGAAUAAUAAUGAUGUUAAAAUGGUGGAAUUUUUUCUAAAAUUUUAUUAAAUACAGGAUAUGUGAAAUUAGCCUUGAACAGUUUUACAUCAUGGCUUUCAGUUUUGAACUAAAGAUGGAAGGGAAAAGAAAAAAAUAUUUUGUCAUUUUUGGGCACCAUUUUAAAGAAAAAACUGGACAUCAUUUUAGAGAAAAAAAUUGGCCAUAUUGGGCUUCCACUGGCCAAAUUGUUCAUGUCCAACAGAGGAUAACAAUGAAGAAAAAGCUACAUUGCGUUCAAAGAAUUUUGAAUUAAAAAGAAAAAGAUAAUAAUUUUUUGGCAAUAACUACUUUUAGUGUCAAUCUUUUUUUUCCAGGGGUGGGUAUCUCUAGCAUAUGUGUUGUAUUUUUUCUUGGGGGUGUGUGUGUGGGCUAUUUCUAGCACAUGUGUAAUACUUAUUUCCAGUUAAGGUGUAUAUAUAUAUAUAUAUAUAUAUAUUAAGGCAUCUUUUGGAAAUUUUAAACAUGGACAGAAAUAUGAAAACAAUGCAUUGCAAAAGGUUUGAAUCUUUUUUGCUCCUCAGUGAGAAGCAAAAAAAAACGCAUCUUAUUUUUUGUUUCAUUUAUCAGUGUUUAGUCCAGAUUCAAAAGAACUCAUUAUGCCUGCUGGCACAUGUGGAAAAGUUGCUCCUGUACCUGAAGGUAAAUAGUUUUUGGGAAACAUUUGUUGAUGUUUAAUUUGAAAUUAUACACAUCAGUACCAUAGGCACACUCAAAGAUAAAAUGGUAUCUGGAGCAUAUAAGUGUAAGUGUUGGUCUUCUUAAAUCUGCAUAUUCACAAUGCUACUGCUUGCUGUCCAGGACCUGCUAUAAUACAAUGGAGUUAUCACUAUUCCUGCUGGAAACUUUUUGCAUUGGAAAUUGAUUCAUUCCUUGAAUCUGUGGGAUCUGGAGCAGGUGAGAACUUCUGUACAUUGCAAUCAUGUGUUCUACUCCGACCUUUAGUCUGAAUUUUGUAUUGCAAUAUGUUUUUUUAUAUGUGUCAUGUGAAAUGACUGGUUAUGGUAAAUGACUUUGUUUUUUUCAUUAUUUUGAAUUUAGCUGUGGAUUGUCAAAAUGUCAUUUGUAUUGUGGAGUUAGUCAAUGAGGUCCUACUCAAUGACUGGGACAAGGCUGUUUAUCUCCAGCCUCUCUCUUCCCGUCUGUAUCUGAUUAUUCAGAGGUAACACAGCCUAACUAUGAUAUAAAUCUGGCCAUUUUGUUUUAUAGUUAGCAACAUAUCUACUGUAGAGGUGCCUUUCUCCAACUAAGAGUGUAAAUAUGUUCUGGUGAAUAGUUGUGAGGGAAGCCUUAUGAAAUGCUGGGAGUAACCUUGUGAUGGACUGCCAUCCUAUCCAGGGAGGAGUAGUGGUACUCUUAGUCACUUCAUUCCAUGGAAACUAGAAUAAGCUCUCUGGUUGAAUGGGUCACUUGGCUCCAGUAUAGACUUUUUGUUUCCAGCCCAAAACCUAUCGCCCUUUGGCUUGAAAUUUUUUGUUUUGACCAUGGGUAACCCCUUACUGUGAUAUGUGUUUCCGUUUUAUUUUCCCAAUAAAUUUUGUCUUUCUCCAUAACUUUUUCAAGAGGCUGCAGUGUGCAAUGCUCUGUAUGGUUGUCAGAAAAACAAAAGACUUAGUGAUGAGGCACAUGAGUUUUUGGCUGAAGUGGCCAUCAAUUGAUAAAGAAUUGGAGGACUUUACCCAUAGAAUAGCAACCCAAACACAUUGUGAUGAUUUUUGCCAUCACCUUGACCAUGUUCAAUCUCAUUUUAGGUGUACACCAUCACCAAACCCUCCCCAAGAUUUGAUUGCUACAUGUUUGACAUGCUUAGCUACUGUUGCUUUGAGAGAUCCAGAACAGGUAACAGACAAUUUUUUCCUUUUACAACAAGCUACCUUUAAAGGUGCUUUUGACAUGGUAUUUUGUUGUUGUCAUGGUUACCCAUUAAAUAAAGAGAGUAUGUUCACUUUUCUCAUCAGUGUUUUUUUGGCACUCGUGCUGCACACCCUCUUUGGUGGGCACUUGACACUUUUAAGCCCAAUAUGACAAACCACCCAAGUUUUUAUUUGGUUUCCCAGCAGUCUGGUGGAGAGAAGAACCCUUUUAUGUAAGCAUGUCUUAUCAGGCCACUCAGGAGAGUGAUUCCACCAGGGUUUAAACAGGGAUGGCUCUAUCUUGAGUCAAGCACACUAACCAUUAACAGGGUUCUAGCUAAAGAAUUAGGCUGCUUGUUGAAAUUUCCGGUGUGAUAGCUCAAAGAUGGCAAACAGCUGUUAAUGCCUAACCUGAUAGGUAGUAGUUUGCUUUACUGAGUGAUCGCUGCUUUUUCAAGAGGGGUAUUUUGUCAGCAGUCGGCAUUUGGUAACAACCCUGUAUGAAGUUAACAUACAAUAACAUACAAUAUGAUCUUUGUCACAUACAUAAAACUUUUGUUAAAAUUGUGUUCUUCAUUUCUGCUGUGUACAUAGGUGUGGCAUCAUCUUCAACAGACAGGAUUUCUUCCUCAUUACACUUCAGUCAAAAUGUCGAAGUCAGACAAAACCAAAGUGGAGUGAGUAGUCUGAGAUAAAAAAAAAAAAAAAAAAAAAGAAAAAAAAAAGAGAUCUGUAGCUUUAAGUCUUUCAACCUGUGUGUUACAGUUUUGCAUGUGCUGUCAGGUUAUCUAUAUUCUAAAUGUUGUUGUCUAAGUUUUAAAAUAUUUUAAGUAUAUUUAAUUAAGACUGCUUUCCUUUUCUUUAGAAUCUCAAGAAUCUGGCAGAAAUAGAAAUCACGUGGUUUCUUGAUAUAUUUCUAAUUUCUCUGCUUAUGAGUGAUACAUGUGUAUUUGAUUAAUCCUUUAACUCUCAUGAGUGAUCAAAACAGAAUUUCUCCUUACAAUAUCAAUUCAAUAUCAACCAGAUGAGUGAUGAGAAUAAAGAAACAUAUCAAUUUGGAGAUAAUUAGUUGUUCCAAUACUAAAUUCUCUAAACUAACAUUACAAGAAUCAUUAUGAUUUGGUUGAGAGUAAGAAGAAUGACAAAUUUGAUCAGGGAGCCAAAGGGUUAACUCCCAAGAUCUAAUUGCGUUCGACGAAGGAAGAACGCUUCCUAAUCUCCUGGGCUACCUGUGAUCGCGUAGGUGUCCUGUGCACGCAAGCGAAAGCUGACCCGUGUUUUUUUGUCCGAUCGGCCGGCCGUUAAUCUUUUCAGCGCCAUUUUGAAUGACGUCACAAUUUCGUUACGCAAAGGAUGCUGCCUCGUGCAUCGCAAAUUGACAACAUACCAUAGGCAUAUUCAUCUAUCCCAAUAACCAAAAAACAAUAUUUCCCCUUUGAAAUGCCGAACACACUUCCCUAAUCUCCGAUUACUACUAGUUUAAUUUAGUAAUUCUUCUUACUGGUCUGCCAAACAAUUCUCAGUAUGUGAGUUUGGAGAAUAUGGUAUCAGAUCAAUUAGUAUUUUACUUAAUUCUCAUCACUUGCCUUCAUGAUAUUGUAUACUAGAUAUAGUAAGGAGAAAUUUUGUCUUGGUCAUUCACAGGACUUACAGGGUUAAACAGCACACCCUGCCACCAAUCUCCUAUAACACUGUGGUAGAGCAUCCCAAGUUCUAAGUGGAAAGUUGUAGGUUCAACCCCAUUGGGAGGAGUUGAAGUUCUUUUUCUUUGAGUAUGCCUGUGUCAUUGACUAAAUACAUCAUCUUUCACAAAAAUGAUAAUAGUUUGUUAUCCUUCAAUGUUCAACUCUUUGAAUGAAAGCACCUUUGUAUCUUGUUCAGGUUCCUUGGCACAGCACCAGGAAACUUCGGUGCAAUUUUAAGCACUAAAGAGAGGCCGAUUGGUUAUUAUCCUGUCACCAUGGCAACAUUGAAUUUUCUUUUGAAGCUGAUUCAUGGUAUGAGUAAUGCUGAGGAAACUGGAAAUCAGGCAAUUAGUAUUGUCGAGCUUGCUGCCUGUCUAGUUUUCAUAAUGAGAGAGGUGUUCACAGGAUUUUACAAAUGGAGAUUUGGUAGCCUGAGGGACAGAGAAGAAAUUGGUAAGUUUGCACAAAGGAUUGGUGUCCAUCUAUAGAAAACAUUUACUUUAUAGCCAAUUCAGAGAGACUUGUAUAAACAAGUAAUGGCUCUUUUUCCAGGGUUGAAGAACCAUGAAAUAAUUCUAUAAAGCUAUAGACUUGUACAUGUUAUCUAGUGUUCAAAAGUUUUCUUUGGCUUUCUCUGCUAUGUAGCUGAUUUUAAAUUUACAUGAAUCAAUGCUCUUAAGUUUUAAAGCAAUCUUUUGGGGGAAUGGGUGUAAUAAAUUCCACACAUCAGAGCCAAAUAAAAUAUGAAUGAAUUUUGUUUUGGUUUGUACAAAGGGAAGAGAUGUCUUCAGUUGUUCAAUGUUGUUCUUGGCCUUCACUUCACAAAAAAAAUGGCUGAUCAAGCCAAUGAUGCAAUGGAAGCUGAAGUCACAGAUUUGCCAUGGUCAGUGUGCAACUUUAUUUCUACCCUUUAGCUUUGUAGCUAUAACUGUACAUGUUAUGAGCAAUGAGGACCAUUCUUUGGACUGUUAUCGGAUAGUAUUGGAACCUUAUGCUCUAGCAAUUUUCCAUACGCAUGCUUCCUCACAAGACACAUAUGUAGAAUUUGGAUAACCAGUGAUGCAUCUGGCUGUGAUUCCUCUACAGCAUUAAUCAGGCUUUCUGCACUGUGGGAGGUUCCACAAAGGAGAGCACAGCACAUAUAGUUUCUAAUAAAGCAGUCAUAACUUUUUAUCAUUGAACUGUUUAAAGUUAAUAAGACCCCACUUACUUGAGAUCUGGAUUCAUUCCAACAGCAGAGUAAGAUUAUUCUAUUUCAUUUCAACUGAAGUUUUCUGGUAAAGUACCAAUUAAUGGAUGUUAUAUUCUCUCUUGAAGGACUCCAUCAGUUUUACAGGACACCUUAGUUCUUGGUUUGUUAUACUCAGAAGCUGGACAGUCACUACUCAACAUUCUUGGCACAGGGGUGGAUACUGUCGAUAAACUUGUGUCUGUGGGAAGGUACAUGUUGUAUUAAUUAUUGUAUGGUCUUUGUUAAAAAUAAUCUUUUGAUAUUCAUAAAAUGAGGAUCUGCUUUGAAAAUUUGUGAAAUGUUGUCAAGAAUUAGGAUAUCAAAAAAAGUGUUGUGUAUCAUACACCUGUACAUAUGGGUCACAUGUUGAAACUCUUGAAUGAGCAAAAUAAGAUUGUUUUGUGCAUGAAGCCUGAAUACUAAAAUAAAUUGUUAGACAAGGGUUACAAAGUUAACAAAGUAUAACCCCAUAUUCUCCAACAUCAAUAUCCAUAUUCCAUGUAACCUUCCCUUUACAUUUCCUUUGGGGAAUUAGUUGAAGAAUGAAAGCUUCUUAGAGUGUUGGUUGGUGAUCAUUUCCCUUAUAUUAUCAUGAUCUCAUUGAACAACUCAGCAGUGUAAUUGUUAGGAAAAAAUUAGAAGCUGGUAACUCUUUGGGUUUAAAUGGUUAAUCUACACAUGCUGUACAGGGUGUUGAAUAUUAAGACUAAUGAAAAUUAAUACAAUUAUUAAAAGAACUCUCUCAUUGCCUGUGCACUUUAUAGUUUUUAAUAUUAUCCAUCAAUGUCUUUGUUAUUGCCUCUUUUUCCAACUAAUAUCUUAUUGUUAUUGUAGUUUUUCAUAUUAUAAAAGCAGAUGAAAAUGUUUUUAAGCAACUCCUGUAAGGCAUUUUUAGCAUACUCAGGCAUACAUGUAGAAAGCCUUCUGAUCCACUGGCUGCACAUGUUUGACUGUAAUCUGGCUUGUGUACAUUUUGUCAGUAGUUCUACAGGUGGAUAUGCCAUAGCCCUUGUUGAACUUAUCAAGCUGGCAUUUUCUGUGCUGAACAGACUCUUGGCUAGAAAAGAAAAGGUUUGUUUAUUUAGAAUAAUUCUAAAUAAAUUAUGCUACUAAAAUGUCCACCAAUUUUGCUGAUUACUUUCUUACAGCAGUUCAAGAGGCUGUAGGCCAAGGAGAUAUUAUUUUGAUAGCUGUUAUCACAGGAUUACAUGUAUUCGGGCAGGAAUUGGCUGAGAGUUGACAUUGUCAAUACAUCAUGUCAUUAUGGUUUGAUGUAAUUAUCUGGAACAAGUGUGGUUGGUGACCUCUAUGUGGCUGAAUUUACCAAAGCCACCUACAGUUUAUUGUAGUGUGGUCAUAGCUUUCAGCCUGAAAGAAAACUCCCUGUUAUAUCCCUGAUGGGUAGUUAACUUGCCUCCUAUCAGGUCCCCAGAGGGGAGACAUGGAAUUUUUGUUGAUAUUUCCAUUUUGGACUAUGGAAUACUUAAGAAUAUACUGAAGAAUUGACUGAUGCAUUGCAGAAAUUUUAAGAGCAUCAACAUACAAAUUUUGUCAGCUCAAUAAUUAUGCAUGUUUCUGAUUUGUUAUAAGGAUGAUAACAUCUCUCCUCUGGAAGAAGCACUGACAACACAAGUGAUUCAUCAACUGAGGGAAAAAGGAGCAAGCUCUUCCACAAGUUGGGGCAAGUGUUGAUAUAAACAGUAUGGUGAUCUGAACUGGGCUGGUGAAUAGCCUUGCCAAGUUUCAAUUACUGUCUGCAAAAGAGGCCAAAGGGCAUGAGAUGAUAAACUGUUAUUGAUUAAUGCAGUUGUUGUUCGUCAUAACGGAGCUUGCAAAGCAUAGCCCCAUAAUUAUAAAAAAUAGUAGUAACCCAUCAAGCCGAAAAAAUUUGGACUUACCACCGUAUGACCGACCGUACAAGAUGUCAACUGUACCGCGGGCACACCAGCGCCACGGCUUUGUCCAGUAGUCUAGUGGUCAGUGCACUGAGCUCCGAGUUGGACGACCCUGGUUCUAGUCCUGGCCAGGGCAAGACGUGCGGGAAAAAAAUGCGAGCUCCACUUUUAGGCUUGGCUAAAUCUAUAUAUUAGAUUUUACAUGUUGUACUUCCUUUUGUUUCUCUAUUAUUUUACAUUUUCUUCUUAUUAUUAUUUUAUGUCUGUGUGAUAACAUGUAAUUUGAUAUGGCUGAAUUUUACCAAAACUGCCUGCAGCUCAUUGUGGAGUGGUUAUGGCUCUCAGCCUAAAGGAAACUCCCUGUUAUAUCCCUGGUGGGUAGACAAUAUACCUCCUAUCAGGUCCCCAGAGGGGAUACAUCAUAAAUUUGGGGAAUCAAGGAUUUUGGUUGUCUUCUUUUAUCACAAUUAUGAUUACCUUCUGUUUGGACACUGAUGAUAGUUUACAUGCAUGUUUAACUUGGUAUUAUUUAACAAAAAUUGGUAGAUUUGUCUUCCCAGUGGAAAAUGCAGAGAGUGGUUUUUUAGUAAGCAGUACUUUAUGUGUUAGGCAGGAUCAGAACCAUUGCUGGGUGCACUGUAUUGCGCUAUGAAGUAUGAUUUGAUACCUGGGACUUGUUUUGUAGUGGAAAUUAUCAAAUGGUUGGGAGGGGAGGUUUGAAAUGCAGAUAGCAUUCCACUGAGGAAGUGAAGUAUGCUUCUUGUAGCUUCAUUUGGAAAACAAGCAAACCCCACUCCCCAAAAAAACAAACAAACAAACCAACAAACAAAAACAAAAGCAAAAAACAAAGUACUUAAGCUUUGGAAGGUGAUAUAUCUCUCCCCCAGGCUGGCCAGGAUAAUCACGUGUAAUGUUUGGCUGCUGUGGGGCUAUGUAAUAUUACCCAACAGUUAGAAUGUGGGCAAUUAUUCCUAAAAGAAAAGAAAACAUACUCCUUUAGCUGUGGUCAGGAUAGUCACGUGUAAUGUUUGGCCCCUGUGGGGCUGAGUAGUACUAUUCAACAGUUAAAUUGUGGACAAUUAUUAUUAAAAGAAAAGAAAAAAAAACAUACUUCUUGAGCCAUGUUCUGGAUAAUCACGUGUUUUUAUUCCACGCAGGUAAUAACCAGCUCGUGACUGUCAUAGCGUCAUAUAUACAUCACAGACUGGACUGUCAGUUACCAACCCUGGCAACACUCUUGCUGAAGAGAAUAUGCUUGGUAUGUCUGCAUACUUGAUAAAAUUGCACACUGAAUCAAAGAAGAAAUGUUUUUAUUGCACCACAAGAAAAAAAUGUUUUAAAAAAAUCGUUGGGUAGAAUCUUAGAGACUUAAAGGAAUCAUAUCAAAUUUAAUAAAGGAGACUGAAGUGGUUUUUGUUGGGUUGUUGGCGAUAAACAAAUGAUUCUCUAAGUGUGCCUCCUUAUGGAAUUUUUUUUAAGGUGUGUUGACCCACCAUUUUUUGGCUGUCAGUAGGUCUCUUCUACUCCUUCUCCUUCUCUAUGCUCUCUUACUUUUCCUCUAUUAUUUCCUGUGAGAAAAAUAUCAGAAUUGUCAUCUUUGGGGUUCAUGAUAGUGGGUUUAAAAAGGGUGAACUAUGGUCCUGGUGCAGCCUCUCAUGUCACCAAGUUUCUCUUGUCCCUUCUUUUUACCCCAUUUUUUUCUUAAGACUAUAAGGAGAUUGUUAUAAUUUCCAGCUAUUGGGCCUAUGUGGGGUGCAAAGCUUACCACAAAAAAUGGAGGCUUUUACUGGCUGAGUACUAUGAAGGUCCUUGGAUUCUCGUUGCUCAUUCAGCUUAAUCUAAGAUGUACGUGUAUCUAAGCGUUAGGUUCAGUGUACAUGUGUGAGGAUAUCUUUAAUUGCUGUAAAAUUACUUUUUGUGUAACUUACAUUUGAAAGCCACGUAAUGAGUGGCUGGAUUCUACCAAAGCCACCUAUAGCUUAUUGUAGAGUGGUCAUGGCUCUCAGCCUAAAUAAAAAACUCCCUGUUAUAUCCCUGGAGGGUGGAUUUCUUGCUCCCUUCAGGUCCCUAGAGGGGACACAUUUUUCUUUUGCAUGGCCAACUUUAAGGACCACUGGAACAUUUUUCAACUGAACUGGGAAUUAAGUCUCUGCUCUACAGUUCUGAUUGUCUGCUGAACAUUUAUCCAGCAUGAUAUCCUUAAGCACAGGUUACUUUUUUUUUUGUUACUUUUUUGUAAGGUGCACUAUUGCUCACUUAAAUUUAGCUAACAUUUAGUUACUCAGUCUUUCAUUGAAGGCUCAAGGUGACUUCUGGGCUUUUCAUUUUAUUUUAUUUUUCCUUUUUAAGGUGGCUCCUAUGUCAAUGCAUGCAAGUUUUGGUGCUGAAGCUGUUUCUCUGAGAGACGCUUUUGUGUCAAGAUUAAGGACUCUUACUGAGGUACUGAACAACACGUUAUGACUCUUAACACUCUCUUGUUAGCUAACAGGCACCAUCCACGCUUAAGCGCAUGGAAAACAAGAUAUUUCUCCUCUUGUGACGACUAGCAAAAGGCGAUUUCGAAGUCAAUGGUCUAUCGACAGUUUCACAAAGAACAAGUUGGCGCGUGGGGCUAUUUGUUAAAAUGUGUGUUAGGGGAGUUUCAGGUACUGAUCUAGUUCACUUAAGCUGUAAGCUAUGGGAGUCUUUUUUUUUCCCUACAAAGUGAGAAUAAUAUUAUUUUCUUAUUUGCUUCAAAUGAUUUAUUUGCAGGAUAUCAAACUCAAAGCAGUUAUACUGGAGUUUAUAGCAACAGCUGUUGAAACACAACCUGGGUUGAUUGAGCUCUUUCUUGAUUUGACGUAUAAAGAUAACAAGGUACAUGAUAGUUUCAUUUUCAACAAAAUAUUCCAUGACCAUUACAAGGAAUUAAGUUGUCGUCCUAACCUACCAUGCAAUACAGGGCUUAUUUCUUACCGUUGCUCAAGGAACCAUUGAAAGAGUCGUUUUUCUUUAUGAAAUCCCAGUUUGUGACUGGUGGUUCACUACUGCCUUGCGGGAUGCCGAGGGCUGAAAUCCUAGACCAGAAAAACAAUCUGGGUCUUAAAAUAACUGAGGAAAAUGUGCUGCCUUUGCCUUGACAUCCAAAAAUGACUAGACAUUGUACUGUAAUGAUUAGACUUUUCACUGCUUAGCAGGGGACCUUAAAGAACCCGUGCACCUCUCGCAAAAAGAAGGGAGCGUAACCCCGGUGUUGUGGUCUAGCCUUGUUAUUGCUUAUAGAGGUUCCCAUUUAAACCAGCUUUAAAGCUGAACUGGACCGGCCUGUCCAUUUAUCGCAAACAAACAAACAAAAAAACAUAAAAUCAGAGGCGUACACUUCUUCAUGUGCUCUACUAAAGUGAAUUCGUGUCUCUGAAGGCUGAAUAUGUUUUAGGACAAAUGCUUGUCAUAUUAUUAAUCGUGUACCCUUACUCACCGUUGCAAGUUAAUCUUCAUGUAGAUGGCUGAGUUUUAUCAAAACCACUGAUCGUGGUUGUUUUACAGCUUAUUAUACAGUGGUUAUGGCUCUCGGCCUCAAAGAAAAUUUCCGUGACAUCCCUGGUGGGUAAUGACUUACCUCCUAUCAGGUCCCCAGAGGGGUUACAGUCAUGAUGCGUUUCAAUCAGUCAAGUGAUGAAUUAUCAACAAUUUGAUGUUGAUGAAACGAUAAUUUUCUUUUCAGGAAUUUGUCAUUGGACAGAAUAGCUGUCUUCAUGCAGUUUUAGAUAUUAUAGACCCUGAGAAACAGGUAAAAGUGUCAUUACGAAUAGUGUCGUCUCUUAAAUGAUCAGGAUGGUUUUCAUUUUCUCCGUUCAGUGGUCCUUUUUCGGGCUCAGUAAACGUGCGGGUGAUUAUGUAUUUGGUGCUUUAGUUAUGUUUUUUAAAAUAUUUUCUGAUUUGAGUAUCUCAUUAAUGUUUAUGUAAUAUAUAGAUCAUUAAAUGCCUACCAACGACCCAGUGCUAAUAUAUUUCUUCAGGUUGACAAUUUCUCUCACGAGUGAGCAAAGUUUACCAACGAUGGAGAAUAAAAUUCGUAUACACGACGACUAUCAAAAGUCCUUGCCCGACUUAUUUUUUUAAAUUCUGUUUACUAAAGUCGGGCUUCUACUUUGUUGUCGUGACGACAACUUUCAGUUUUAAUUUGUUUGAGGCAAAUGUACUUCUCAUCCAGAAACAAUUUUCCGUCUGUUUAUAGGCAGGUCACCACAUUCCCGCUGAGCUAGUUUCAGCAGCAUUCUAUUUACUUCACUCUCUGUGGCAUGACAGAAGGGAUGCUGCUCUUAUGGCAGUAAGAAUGAGGUAAUUUAUGGACACCUUCAAUAACUGUGAUGUAGUUGAUAUCUCGGAGAUUUGUUCACUCACGAGCCCAAUGAUCCAUAACCGUACGAGGUCACUCUGGUGUUUAUAAGAUGGGGGGAAGAGGGGAGGGAGAUCCCCACACCCUACUCAUCCGACUCGUGGGAUUUUUCACUAUUUGUCUGACACCAACAUUCUUGCAUCGACAGGAUUGCGUGUUACUAUUCAACUAGCUUUUCUGUGUUACCAUGAGUGGAGGGGACGGGAAGGGAAAGGGAAAGGGGGAGGGAGAGGAGAGGAGAGGAGAGGGAGAGAAGAAGGGGAAGGGAGAGGGGAAUAGGAAAGAGGAUGGAAAGAAACCGAGGAGGGGGAGGGAGAGGGAUGAGGGAGAGGGGAAGGGAAAGGCGGAAAGGAGAGGGAGAGGGCGUGAGUUGGUCGAGAAUAAAUUUCAAACCCUACUGUCAAAAAUAACUGGAUCCCCCUCGUGAAUAAACUGAAAAACUCAAGGGAUAGAGAGAGGAAUUGUGAUUGGUAACUUUCUUGCCCAUGACCAAUCUGAUCCAGCGCAUUAGCAAUACAGUAAGACGGUGGAAAAGAGUUGAUUUGUUCUUCUGAGAUGUUGGCUUUUAUCAGCUGAUAUGAAAUGCAUUGUUUUCUUCGCAUAAAAACAAAUACUUUUGUACCUAAUGUAGACUUCUUUGCCUCUCUAACAGUCCAAAGUUUUGGGAGAAGUUAACUCGGCCAUUAAUAACAGGAAUAGAAUCACAUGUAGACGAGGUAAAUACUGACUGUAGGCAAAAGCUGUUUGACAAAAAUAUAUUUUAGGCAACAGACUUAUUAAUCAGUGCUGUUGUGGAAAACAAAGAAUUGUUUUUCUUACAUUUGGGAAUAUAUUUCUUACGUGUACAGUAUCUUACAAAAUAAAUGGUAUUUUUUACCUUUGCUGAUAAUUAUUGUAGUUAAAGGAUAUAAAAAAAAAAGGCUACAGGAACAAUCGCAUUUUCUCUUAUUUUCUUCCAAAAAGAUAAGAAAAAAAAAUCAUGGUUGAAAUAAAAUAUAAAUUUUCAAUUAAUUUUGUGUUUAAUUUAUUUUCCUUGCUUAUGUAUUGUUCAACCAUCCAGCUUGUUUUUUCUUUCGUUCAUUUUGUUGUUUGUAUUGAAAAGGAUUACAGAUAUCACAUGGAAAUAAGCUGUUAUGCCAUGCAGAUAAUUGCAUUAGAAGCUUACUAUGUCUCAAGGUAAUUUUAUAUGUGUAUACUGUGAGUGUAGUCUUCAUCCAUUAUUCGCAAUAUAUUGUUUGCGGGUUUUCUUGGCCUCGUGAAAUACUUAACUUUCCUGUAAAUUUCCAGCUCCCUCCUUCAAAAACUUAACAUCAUCGUAGGUUAAAAUCAUGUGUCAAGGAGCUUAUAGACCGUGUGUCAUGUAAUGUCCGCCCAAUGUUAUUAUUACAUUUGGUCAUAUUCAAGGAUGAACUUGUUAAAUAUUAAGUGUUAUCUUGACUAAGGACCGCUGAUCAGGAGCUUUUGAGUUAUAUUUUGAUAUUCGAAUAGUUUUUACUUCUUUUCUGGCUUUUUUCCCCUUUUUCCUAGCGCUCUAGGCUAUAAAUAAUCUAUUGCAGAGGGCUUCAAUGAUGACUAACAGCCUUGUAAAUAUCACUUUGUUAGAGGUCAAAUUGACGACAGUCUGAAGACAUCCAUGAAAGCUUUCUGUUCGGAGAACAGAUAUCAGUACUGGGGUCAGGUGAGAAUUACUUUGAUUUUUAAAGAAUGCAACGCAAUCAGAGUGCUAAAUCUAUGUUCCACAAGCACUUUUUUUCAGAGGACACAGGAAUAACAUAGGAAUCGGCUAUUAUAGCUUAGUUAACCGUAGACCUGAAAGUUGCCAGCCAACAUUGCGCCAAAAGCUGUUUUUCAGUUGGAAGGAUUUUAUAGCAAAUUACUUCUCCCUAAUGUAUGUGCUUACUGAAGCACUAUCAGUUCAGUAGCUUGCGCUGUUAGUAGUCGGCAAAGUUACGCGAUGCUCUAAAGAGAAAACAGCAGUAUCGGAAAUUGCCCAUGUACAACGUCUGUUCUAGAUCCUGGUUCCUCACUUUGAAAAAAUGUAAAUGUUACUCCCGAACAUUGAACGGGGUUGAUAUAGUUCAUCCCAAUCUGCGAACUAGAACCUGUUAUGAAAGCCCUUAUACCGUAUCUUGUGUUCUUUUUCAAUAAAAUUGCUUCAAGAGGCACCUCAAAACCGUUAUAGCUGUAUUCUUCGCAAUCUAACUUCACUGAGGAAAAUGUUCCAGUCAAAGAUUUUAACGCUUUUUUGGUGUUUGUGUCUACUAGCUCCAAAGUUACCGAAUGAGAUUGCCCAUUCUGACCAAAGAAGCACAAUCCGUGUAGAGCUAUGUCUUUAUCGACCGAGAAAUCGAUAUAGUCCUUACGACCAUUACUAUUAGACCAAAAAAAAGAAGAAAUUAAACCCAGCCGGCAACAUUUUUCGAAAACACUCGAUAUCUUGGUGCCAUAUCGUUUUGUGUCAGGAAAAAUAGUCGAAGACGUCGAAACUGAACUUAGGCGUUUGAUGAUAUUUUUGAUCUCCGCUUUUUUUAGAAGGUCAGAAUCCAACACAACAGUGGAAAAAUCUUCCUGUUUCAUCGUUGGAAAGCGUAUGGCUUUGACUAUCUCCUCGCCAAGCAUCCCUCUUUUCACUGAGCCAUCAGCGGUUAAACGUUGUCGUUCACAUUCCUUCGUAACCCACAGGUCAACAGCUUUAAACAACUCAAUCUCUUCAAUUGUCAGUGUGUCUCUUUUGACAACUUUUUCAAGUAGUGACCUCUCGAUUUCACCAAAUCCAUCAGAUUUCACGGCUAGCUCUGUCUGUUGAUCAAUCACUUUCCAGCAUCGAUCCACUAGGUUUCUCUCUUCGUAUUUCUCAGCAGAUGGCAGGAUGCUGAAAACAUUCGAUGGCUCCAAGUUAUCUAGCAAAUACUCCGAGCAUUUAUCAACGAGUGAUGGGACUAUGUAUUUCUUCGCCAAAUACAACACUCCCAUAACAUUACUUCCGCUCAAAUUCACUUCAUCGCUGUACAUGAAACGAAAAAACUCCAAGAGACUCUCGUACUCGGCGUCAGGCAUUUCAAUUGAGUCUUUAGUCUCGGCCAGCUCACCAUAAAACAUGGCUUCAAAGACAGGGCUGCCAAUCGAGAGCACAAACUUGUGAGCUGGAAUCAGUUGUUGGCUCUCACUUUCGCCAUGCAUCUUGCGAACAACGAACUUGACAUCGCUGAAGAGUUCAUUGUUGAGCAUGAACGUUGUUCUUUCUUUGAUGGUUGGUCUUGUUGUUUGCCAGUUUUUCUCGACGGUGAACAUGACUUCUGAUCUUGGUAGUACAAAUCGAAACAGUCAAGCAAAACGCUAAAAUAAAAUAGAAACUGCGUGUCGCUACUUAAGAUUAUGAGAAAUUUGCGUGUCACUCUGAUCAGCGGUAUGGAGCUCAGUUGCCAUGCACUUAGUUUGCGUGACCGAUUGUAGCCUGGGGUGAUGAGGUAGCGGAAGUAAUCAAAUCGAGACCAAUCCAGAAUGAAUUAUGUUUCCUAACAAUUCAAGUCAACUUGAUUGAUGCAUAAUUAAGUGUAAGGAGAUCUUUUCGUAUAAUAACAGUUGUAGAUUUAUUGUUCGCAAUAAAUUGGGACGAUGACUAUCAUGAAAAUUAACGUUAAAAAGCAACGACGUUUCGAUCGCUCAACGGUCAUUUUCAAGUUGAAGGAUAAAAUUUUUUUGUCAUGCGCUUAUAUAAUCAAUUGUAAAAAUGCUAAUGAAAUACUGACUAAAUUCUAAAAUAUUUUCAUAGAAGCAAUACGAGAAAAUUUCGGAAGAAUAAUAAAAGAAACGCUGAGGCGAAAGAAACAAAAUUAAAAGUGAAUGGAUAGUUAAAUACUUUAGCACGGAUCGAAUCACUCUGUUUGUUCAGUUUUGGUUCAAGUUCGCGAAUAAAAAGCAUUUCAAAGAUCAAACAGUCCAGUUUACUCUGACAUUUCUUCAAAAUCUUGAAAGAAACAUUCGUUUGUUUCUAUGAAAAUAUUUUAGAGUUUAAGUCAGUAUCUCACUAGCAUUUUUACAAUUAAUUAUAUAAGCGCAUGAUAAACAAAAAAUUUUAUCCUUCAAGUUGACAAUAAUCGUAGAGCGGUCGAAAGGUCGUUGCUUUUUAACGUUAACUUUUUAUGGUAAAAUCCGUUUCUAAAAAUCUGUUGAUUAGAAGAUUAUUAGAUGUCAUUUACUAAUGAUAGAAUUACUCGAACGAAAAAGGAGUGAUAACUUCAGCAUGGUAAUUGCUAGCAAUUGCUGGGUGGUCUUUUUUAACCUUCGGAGGCCAUUUUUGGUUUUAAGCAAACAAUUGUAUGCAAGAAAAGCGUAAGGUCGGGGAAUUCAAGAAUUUAUAAGUAGAAGAAAUUAUAGUAAAGAGGAAACUCUUGGCAGAAUAUUCCAAAAUAUCAUCUUGAAUUUCUCCAAGUCGACAGUGCAUAAUUCUACACCAGCUUUUGAGUCUACGAACUAAUCAUGGUGUCACACUUGAAUUUUCUGUUGCAGUUCCUCAAGUCUUUGAAUCAAUCUAUGGACGAUGAUCAAGAAAAACAAUUUGAAGAAGAAAAACUCAAACUGCUCAAAGCCUGGAGAACAUAUUUAGUCGUUUGUUCUUCUUUUCAGGUACUAGAAACGUUCUUGAGUUAAUUCUAGCUGAUAAAUUUUUGUUAUGGCUGCCUGAGCUAAUAAACAGGUGUCUCUGUUCAUAAGGCUUACAAUUUGUUGUUAGGGCGGAAUCUUCUUUGUUCUAAGUUGACCUGAGUGAGGGUUCAUUAGACAUUUGCGCCACCGACUAAGCGUGAGGUCAAGAAGGUUGGUUAUUGGGGUUUUAUGGCCCUCGACUCCGUGAUAGUAGUUGGUUAAACAUGGUAGAAACAAGAUCCAACUAUCUUGACCGAGAAAGAUUGGCUUAUGUAAGAUUUAUAGAGUGACAAAAAAAUUAUACCAAAGAACUGCUACAUUAAUUCACAAAACGUAUCCUGGAUUUCUUUGGUUUGUUUGAGGACGUGCUUGUGGCUUUGUUAUCGCCAGAACUGCUUUCUUAUUUUCUUAUAACGGUAUAAAGGUGCUCACUUAUUUGAAAUAGAUAAUUUCAAAAAAAAUAAACUUGCUAAAGUAUUUUUCUCUUCUGGGAUCGGAACACAGGUAUCACAUUUUGUUUUGUUAACUUUGUCAUAUGCCUUUUCAGAAUGAGAUAUUUGGUCUAAACGAUACUCGUCGAAGAAGAUUAAUCUUGGAGGAUACUCUUCAGGCGCUCAAGUCUCAGGUUUUGUGUCUAAAAGUACCAUAUCGCGAUCAGGUGGCAGAGUUCAAAUGCAAAUACAUCAUGUUUUGGCCUGUUAAACAGCAAAUCUAGAAACACUUGGUUACCUUGUCUCCAAAUAUUUAGUUUGCAUUCUAGAAAUAGCCAACGUGGAAAGGGGAACGGUUCAUUUAGUAACGAGUCAAAAUGGAACGUUUUUUACGCGUUUCCUCGGCACAAUAUGUAUAGUCGUGGUUUACAAGCUGGUUAGAGGUUGCUGUGUGUUAAAUCCCACUCGAAUCGUGGUUUUCCUUUGAGUAUCUACGCUGCAUACUAACAUUUGACUCUCUUUCUUGCAGGUUUCCAGAGUUGUAGCCGUAGAGAGUAUAAAUGCGUCUGUUGAACUGAGUAGUCUUUAUCUGAUGCUGCUCAAGAGGUGGAAGAGGUAAUCCUUUCUUAUAGAUUUGUUUAUGCUAUGGAAUGUUGUAAGGGCUUUUGUCACAUAAGCCUUACCUUUUUGCCUACAAGCAAUCCUGUUGCUUCGGUUUUUAGAGCUUGAACAGAGUUCUAGAGGGAACUUGAACCCAAAACUGUUGCUUCUGGCUUAUUGUCCACUUGAGAUUUGGUCCCCCCUCUCCUCUGAGUGAAUUCAUAGUAACGUCAUUGGUUGCAUUUUAACUUGUGAGCAUGCAAGUUUCUCCUUGGAAGGAUUAAUGAGAUGGAAAUUUGAAACAUCUGUGUAAGUAGAGUCGUCUGUCAAUUUCUGAAAGACUUUGUCUCACAGCUGUCUUCGGGAUCCCAAUCCAGUGUUCCAGUGCUUGGUGGAUGUCAUUGACACUGCGCACAAGAAUGACACACAGUUAUUUGUCCAUAUCCGUGUGGCCAUGUUCUCGUCCUUCUCAGUUCUGCUUCAGCACGCCAGGACUGAAAACUUAUCCGGUGAGUGUUUCUUCCCCCCCCCCUUGUCCCUUGUGCCCUGUGGAUCGCAUGAGCGAUCGUGUCUCGCGGACGCUGUAAAGUUUGAGCAUUUUUUUUUUACUGUUUGGAUAUUGGGAAGGCUUCUUUUCCUGAGAAGCUGUAUUCUUUUCUCUCCUGAGUAGAGAUCUUCCGAGAAAAGACUAUUGGUAAUCACCUGUUGUUAGUGCUUGCUCACAAUUUUCCAUUCGUUGUAAAUUUUAAGGUCAUGUGUCGGCUUACAGCUGCAAUACCCAUGUACCACAAUUGGGCACAGUAGAGGCCAUGGUUACUCAGUUCAAAUGACCGUAUUAAUUUGCCUGUUGUAUUUAGACACGUUACUGAGCAGUCAUGCGUUGGUUCUUUUACCGCUGGCUUGUGAACCACUGGAAUACUUAAGAGGAAGAUUCUCGAGCGAACAGAAGCAACAAGACAGGGUAUGCUGACAUAUUAAACUGCCUGGACGUAUGUUUCCACUCUUUUGAUAAGUCCUCUCGUACUGCUUACCAGAGUCAUCCGUUUGAAAAAGUAAAAACGUUACGUAUGUUUUAUUCUGUUUGAGUAAUAUAUCGCAUUUUUCGCGUUAUGUUUUGUAGGUUCUUGAACUGUCUGUGUUCAUCAUCGAUGAAAUUCUGAACAUUCUGCUCGCCAACCCUGGUCAGUGGCUUCCUGUGUUGAGAGAGCAUGCGCUGUUUGCGUCUUUGGUUCAGGCCCUGGAUGUGUGUAUUAAGGUACUGUGAAACCUUUGAAACCAAUCAGCAUAACUUUUGCAUGAUAUUUUUACAGCGUUCACGAUGAACUUAAUGUAAUCACAUCAACAUUACGGCUAAUAUUUUUUCUUGUUCAGACGCACGAGAAAGUAGAAUUCACCGAAGCCAUUCUUCACUUGUUCCUGUCGCUGUCAAGAAUACCAAUGGUAUGAAAUGUGUCUGUGUUAUCUCAACACAUUUGCGUCACUGCACUUUUUGAUCACAUGUUUUGUAUGUUGUUUCAAAUUCUUGAUUUGUAAACGCAAUUGUGAAAUUGCCCGAUCUCUCGUCACAGAGUAGUGUGAGCCAUUGUAACCUUUCGUUCUUACUUCUUGCUUAUUUUUCAGAGUGCUGAGGCCCUGGCUAUGAACAGUAUAUCCCAACCACUUUGCCUGGGAUUGGCAUCGCUGACUUACUCUGAAGGCACACCACAGGUGAUUAUUUCUUCCGUCCAGCUCUUUUUACUCCUCUCUUUGAACGCGUAUUACACAGACGUGACUCUUCUUGUAUAUAUCCAUGUUAGCCACGAAUAUCAAGUAGACUGACAGAGAAAGGGAAGGUUAUAAUUAUAGUCCCUUGUGACUGGUAGUCAUCGUCUACCUGUGACGGAUUCAAGACUGGACAUGAUUUUCAUUUCAAUCGAACAACGGGUUUACACUUUAAAUAGUGUUUCAAACCCUGCCCUUGUUGUUUGUUUGUUUUUCAGUGCCAUUUGAAUUGCGUGGUAUAUCUAACAUGAAAUUGAAAAUCCGUUCGCGCUCCCAUCCAAAACCUCACUCUUAGAUAUUUGUUCACAUAUUCCCGGCUUUACUUUGUGUGUACUAGAAUUUGAAAUCGGCGUUCUUAUAUUACCACGACGCACUUGAAGACCUCACUUCAUCGUUACUUUCUCUCUCGCAGGCUUCUCGGCCCAAAUCUGGUCCCCAGUCUCAGGUAUCCUCUCACAACUCGGACAAAAGUAGCCAACGAAGCUGGGAUAAAGUGUGGCAGCUUUCCCUUGCUGUGAUGGCGUCCAUGCUGCGCACACUCAGACAUGGUUUUCUCAAAGAUGCACUAGACUUUGCAGGAGUACACAGAGAAAGACUCGCAGAGGUCAACAAAAAUGUAUUUCGAUUUUAUGUACAUGUUGUUAGUUGGGCUAUGUCUGGUUUUUGUUUCAAGAAAGCUGAUUUGAUAUAACUGUAGAGAUUUCAUCCUUUGACCCCUUAGUAACUAGCCUCUAAUUUCUCUGUACAAUAUCACCUUUGAAUCACAUAUUAAGGUUAUGAGAAUAAAUGAAAUGAUCUCUAACUGAAGAAGCUCUCCAUUGUCGAACAAAUUCUCCUUGUCAGCGCGUUAGGAACAGUUUAGAGAACGGUAUGGAGAAUGUAGAUACUCAUAUUUGGGUUUAAAUGGUUACAAAACUUGUGUCCUUUCAUUAUGAAGCACAGUGUUUUCUGUAAGUUGAAGGACAGCAACUGACUGAGGUGAACUUAGACAAGGUAGAUGAUAAGUACUGGGGGUGGAAAGGAUAGAGAGCCAGGACAAUCUGCACUAAAUUAUUACAAUGUGUACAAGUUAUCCAAUGUGUGACAGUAAUAUACCAGGAAAUAUUUCACGAUUCACUUAUAUUUGCUCGGUAGAUACAAAGGCUAUUUCGACCAUGAGGAAGAAUUGCGUCGCUACUCAUUGUCUUGCCAUUCAAUGUCACAUUCUCAUAGACUUUAUUCGGAAUAGCUUUCAACUUGCCUCCUAUUCCUGUUCACACACUUUAAAAAAAAUAUAUAUAUUGUUUUAUUUACAUUCAACACAUAUUACCAAGAGCGUAUUUGAAACGGAGUUAUCCUAAUGAAAUGCUUGAAAGAAACUGGUAACUGAUCUUGUCGCUUUAUUAAUUCGUCGGGUAUAAGAUGGCAACUGGCCUCAUUAACCGUGGCCUAAUACAAAUUUAUUCAAAAUGAUUUGCAUUCCUUGACAUGGUCAUAAAAGACACCUGGGAGACGGCCAUCAGCUAACUUAUUUUGGAUCAACUAUGGCUAUGUUUGCCCUUUUCCUUGACGUAAUCCCUUCGUAAACUUUUUUCCAACUAAUUAUAUCUUUUUUCCACAAGUAUUUCCAGGUUCGCGCGGGUCCUGGAAAAUCUAGAGAGUUCUCAACUGAUGUCAUUUGUAUUCACUGACUCGUAUCUCUCAGGCCCUGAACUCUGUGAGCCGGUCUCAGUCUUCAGACGUUUUGGCGGAAGCAGAGGAAGUGACUGCUUUCUUACUGGAACUUGCUCAUUUUUUUCACGAAUGGAGAUUCACUCUGCCAGAUGUGUUAAUACUACUUCAGGUAACUAUCAAUACAUUAAUGGUUUUUUACAGUGCUUGAAGCGACGGAACCAGUAGAAUCACUAAAUUGAAGUCUGUUACUAGGAGUGUGGGUCCUGACCGUUUGAAUUGAUAUCUGAUAGUCUUAAAGUCCGUAAGAAAGAGGUUUGUUAACAUCAACUUCUGUUUCAGCGAAAUGACAAUUUUCCUUUCAGAGCCGUAUUGGUGUUCUUUGCCAAAGUUGCAUAGCUCUGCUGACUCACCCAAGAUUGCUUGCUCAUUUGCUUGAGGUAAACGAAAAAUGUCUUCCUUUGCUUAAAAUCUUAAGCCGGUUUAUCAUAAUUAAUAUAUUAUUCCCUCUGCUGCACGCGAAUGCUAAUUUGGUGAUUUUAAACGAAAGGUGGUCAAUUUUACAUGGCUUUGAAUAACGAUAGACUUCCUGUAGUGGAAUCUCUUCCUGACACUGGCAGGGUGACGAACUUAGCACAAUGUGCUGCAAUAUAUUUUAAACGUAUCAUAUAUGGAAUUUGAAAAUUGUCGACGUUUGCUUACAUUAGGUGUCCAAAGGGCGUGCAAGCUCAAGUGCACACGGGAAAGCCUCGACAUCAGAUGUGCAGCUCUCGCUGAGCCAAACCUUCUCCAGAGAAAUGCUCAGAACAUACUCAUACGCAGAUGAUGACUCUUUUAGAAACAGCCCUCUAGUCUCUCAAACUCAGUCACAGUAAGCAUGCUUUGAGUUAAGAUAACGUAGAUGCUUUAAAAGUUAGGGCUGAAGAUUGCGGAUAAUGCACGAAGAAAGGGUCUGAUCAAUGCAUGCUUUGUACUGAGACGACUUAUUCUUUUGUGACAACACUUACAAGGUGGUUGAAGUUUUUGGAAAUAUGUCUUAAAUCUUAAGCUUAUUUAUGAAAUUUCUUUCGUUGUUAUUUGCAUCGCGAAGAAAAGAAACUGCAUUCUUAUUUCCUCAAUGUUGCAUAUAGAAUUUAGCACUAUGAUUAUACGAUACUGUAUGAAGUAAAUAACCUACCAUGGCCGCAUUACCCCAUUUGGACAUUAAAUGUCGACUAAAAAUUUGAUUAAUAGUUGUUUCUUUCAUAAUCAUCAGGUUGUUGAAGAUUCUCUGCAACUCACUGGCGAUGCUGCGGCAAUUUACUCCGGACAUCUGUGGUAUUCUCAUAGAUCAGGUAGGAAAGCGAUGUGGGUUGUUCAAAUUGUUUAUAAGCUUGAAAGUUCGACAAAGUAUUUAACCACUUAUAUUUGUGCUAUUUUUCAGGGUAUGGAUCUUGAGGAAUUCCCCCCGCUGCUUUCUCUCGGGUUCAGUUCCCCGACUGUGGACACUGAAGAGCCGUUGUCGUUUGGUACUCUCUUGGCUUGCCUCAAUAUGGCCCUCUCCAAUCUUGGCCCAGUGAGUUUUCUAUGUUUUUUUCAAAACUAUACGUGUCUGGCACUCUCUAGGAACUUUUUUUUUUCGUCGUGAAAUGUAUGUUUACUUACUGUGCAAUGAAUGCAAGUAUAAAUUUUAUACUCAUUUACAUCAGUUGUGUAGUUAUUUAUCUCUGGUGCGACGCAUAACCUUUUUCGCUGUUGUAAUUUUUCACAGUUAUAUGUCGUACACUUCUCAGAUAUACCUGUAUCACUCUGACUAUUGACCCUUUUUUUGCCUUGGAAGGCUGACCUGAAGUCACCCGUGAAAUCACCAGUCCGAACUCUGUCGGAGUCAUUACCGAGGUGAGACGUACAGUUUGCUGAAUAAUUUUUGGUUGCUUGCAGUAGCUCCUUGUCUGAAGAGAGACUUGCCUUUUAUUUCAGGAAGUUACGAGUGGCUCUCCAUCUGUUAUUUCCUUUCAUGUUGUCAUGUUCUUGCGCGCUAAUUGGUCAAUAUCUAUUGUUUAUGGGAGUUUAUAUGAUAAGCUGAAUUUUACACGCGUUUUGAUUGGUUUUUACGUAAUAUGCUACUUGCACAGUGUUGCAAGGUACGAUAUCGAAGUUUGUGUAUCUAUUUUACUUGCAAUUGUAUUUAAGAAAAUAAAAUUCUUUGUUGCUUCCAACUCGAAUCUUCUGGAACUAUCUUUGUUUGUAGAUCUCUUCUGAUGUUCACUAUGGAGAAUGCGUUGAUCAUCGCUCUAUCUCAGGCUUGUCGAUACUUGCGGGAUCCCGGACUGGACCUGCGGGUCAAGCAAUUUCUAAAGAGAGAGCUUGGUAGUGAACUGGUAAGUUGUGCUGUCUUUACUAUGACAUCUGCAAAUGAUCAGACGUUCCAAUAAUUUAGGAUUAGGAUGAGAUACUGUUGGCCGCUGUCUCCUGCCUUAUAUCUGGGUUGGUUGGUUGGGGAACGUUAAAAAACCCGCUCAUUUCUUGCAGAGUAGGGAGCGUUGCUCACGGUGUUGUGGUCUGGCCUUGGUACCGUUUAUCCAGGCCCCAAUUCAAGCUUUAAAGCUGAACUGAGUUACCCUAUCGAAAUAUUGCAAAUAAAUAAAUUUGGUUCGUCGUUGUUUCUAACGCCGUAAAAAAAUGGUUUGUGAGGCGAUACUGGUUCACCCCUUUUGAAAGAUCUGGGGCAGAGUGAUUUGAACUUAGAGUGUUGGUUUCUACUUUGAGCAGAGCCCUUGACAAUAUUGUGCUUUGCGUUUCCGCUUUUCUGUUUACCAUUUUUUCGAUUCAACACUAAAUCUAGUACUAUUUUCAUCCCUCACCUCUACAUCCUCAUAUCAUUCCAGGGAAAAAAAGCUCGACAGCCCUUACACUAAACAGGUUCCAGUCCAUUCUUCUCACAGGUUCAGAAAAAGGUUUUAAUUCUCUGACCUUGUCGCGUGAAGAGUGCCAGGGGAGAAAUUUCCCGACAGCCCCUACACUAAACAGUUUCCUGGCCAGUCGUCUCAGAGGGUCAAUAAACAGUUUUAACCGUCUGACCUUUUUACAUUGAUUGUUGUUUGUAGGGUAAUUUUCUUGGAGGUCUUUUCCGUCACUUUGCCAGACGUGGUCUUCCACCAUCACCAGCGGGCACUCAGACCAGUCCCAGCAGCGCAGCAAGGAGGACACCGACUAAGGCUCUGGCUUUCACCGAAGCACCUGAACAGAAGUUCUUUAAACUGGCUGAUACCUUUGUGAAGCAAGUUUUAAGAUAAACAUUACAUGCACGCACUGUGAAAAGAUCGGAUCUUAACCUUUAGCGAAUCUCGAGUUGUUAAUUGUCACGAGUUGUUCCCUAUUUGGUAUCCGAAUGAGAGCAAUUUACUAUAGAAGCCACCCCUAUGAAGCUAACUUUUUACCAAGGUGGGAUUGAUUCAGACAAGUUACCAGAAUAGUUUACAUUUUCGGUGAUAUGGUUGCUUUAAGGAUACACAACCACAAUCUCAAGCGAGGCAACCAGUAGGGAAUAAAGGUCUCCGUGAAAUAGGUGUACAACACUCUUCAGAUCUGAUGAGGUUUUGUGUGAGCUGUCAAGGAAGAGGUUUUCUAAAGCACCAGCCUAUUGCUCACCGUGAAGUAGGGCAAUAAGUUAUUCAGAUCCAACUUUGAAUGGGUAUUGAGUAACGUCAAGUGCAGCCUGAAGAAUUUUGGUAAUGCGUAAACCAAAUUUUAUUUCUUUUUAUUUCUUCUUUCUGCUUUAAGAGCAUCAAUUUUCUGGGUAAAAAUUGGUGCGCCAAUCGUGGGUUAUGUAGCUCUAAUCCCGCUAUUUGUUAACUUAAGUACAUAAGUAAGAUUGUUUACGUAAAACUGUAUUCAUUUGUAAAUAACUGUUUUCUUUCCUUCCUAAUACUGAU